AGUAGGUACUGGGCGGCCGCGAGGUGGGCGCGAGGCGGCGGCGGAGCAGCGGGAGCGGGCCGCUGAGAGGCCGGGUCUGUGUGGGAAGCGGAGGCCGCACCGCGGCUCCGUAGGGAUACCCCGACGGGAAGGGGGGAGCGGUGGCGGCCGCCAUUUCGUGCGUGUGUGGAGAGCCGGUGCGGCAGUCCGUCCGUGUGCGGGAGCUGUGUGACACACCAUGGCAAAAGCACUUGCCUCACCAGGAUUGUUCUCAGAUGAAGAUGUUGCAGCCUCCCCUGUUCUCGAAUCCACAGCGACAGGGUUUGGGCCUGAUGUGCGCAAGGACCUGCUGUCGGAGUUCUCUGCCAUCUCUCCCAAUAUGGAGGGAUCCCAGCAGGCUGUAGCUGAAGACAAUGAUGGAAAACUAAAGGUGUAUCUGAGAGUUCGACCCCUGAAACCUACAGAAUUGGAAAAAGGGGAAGACCAGGGCUGUGUCUGCAUUGAGAAUUCGGAGACCCUUCUUCUCAAAGCCCCGAAGGACUCCUUCACCAUGCGGAGCACAGAACGCGGAGUGGGACAAGCAGCACACAGAUUCUCUUUCACCCAGAUCUUUGGACCAGAAGUGGGACAGAAAUCGUUCUUUGAUGAGACAAUGAAGCAGGUAGUAAAGGAUGUACUGAAUGGACAGAACUGGCUGGUUUACACCUAUGGCAUCACCAAUUCAGGGAAGACUCACACUAUUCAGGGCAGCAACAAAGAUGGGGGGAUUCUGCCUCGCUCCUUAGCGGUCAUCUUCAACAGCGUGGGGGACCAGCUGUACCAAGCCAUGGAUCUGAAGCCUUCCUUCUCCAGUGAGGUGAUCUGGCUGGACAGCAGGCAGGUGCGGCAGGAAGAGGUCAAGAAGCAGACCAUGCUGCGAGGGGGUCAGUGGGAGGAGGAGCUGUUAACACCAAUGAAGAGGAGUCAUAGUGCCGAAUCUCAGCUCCACGCCACCACCAGUGGCAGUUUUGACAGUGGAGUUGCUGGCCUCUCUUCAUCUAGCCAACUCACCAACCAUUCAGACAUCAGUCAGGCAGAAGAUCUGGGCCCUCGCUGGGCUGACUUGGAUCGUAUUUCACUCACCAACACAGGAGAUGUGCAGUUCUCCAUCUGGGUCUCCUUCUUUGAGAUUUACAAUGAGUUUAUCUAUGACUUGUUAGAACAAGCUCCACCUGGUCAGAACCGCAAGAGGCAGACACUGCGGCUCUGUGAAGACCAGACUGGCAACCCCUAUGUGAAAGAUCUGAACUGGAUCAAUGUCUGUGAUGCUGAUGAGGCCUGGAAACUUCUCAAACUGGGUCGGAAAAAUCAGAGUUUUGCUACCACCCAGAUGAAUCAGAACUCCAGUCGCAGUCACAGUGUCUUCUCCAUUCGGAUUCUGCACUUGCAAAGAGGUGGCAGUGAAGUUGUUCCAAAAAUCAGCGAGUUAUCCCUGUGUGACCUUGCUGGGUCAGAGCGCUGCAAAGCCCAGAAAAGCGGGGACCGAAUGAAAGAAGCAAGUAACAUCAAUACCUCCCUCCACACACUGGGUCGCUGCAUCGCUGCCCUGCGCCAGAACCAGCAGUCCAAAGUGAAGCAGACUGUGGUUCCCUUCCGGGACAGCAAGCUAACGCGUGUGUUCCAGGGUUUCUUCACUGGCCGUGGGCGCUCUUGCAUGAUUGUCAACAUUAAUCAGUGUGCAUCUACAUAUGAUGAAACUCUUCAUGUAGCCAAGUUCUCAGCCAUUGCCAGCCAGCUUGUUCAGGUGCCUCCCUCAAAGCUGAGACUUCCAUCCAUCCAAUCAAUCAUCAAAGAGCACAGCAGGCGAACCAGCCAGGGUCUAGAGGCAGCCGCAAAGGAAGAAACGGAAUCAGAAGAGGAAAGUGAGGAUGAAGCAGAUGUCACCAUGUAUGAGAAGGAGGAUUUGUUGCGUGUAGUGGAAGCUGCACGAGAGCUGCUGGUGCAAGAGCGGCGGGACAAGCUGCAGCUAGAAAUGCGUCUCCGUGAGGAGAUCUGCAAUGAGAUGUGGGAGCACAUGCAACAGAAGGAGCAGUGGUGCAGCCAGUAUGUGGACUCUCAGGAGCAGAUCUUGGAGGAACUGUAUGAGAAUAAACUGAAUAACCUGAAGGAGUCACUAACCGACUAUUACCAGGAGGAGAUCCAGGAGCGUGAUGAGAAGAUCGAGGAGCUCCAAGUUGCUCUGCAGGAGGCAAAACAAAAAUUGGAGAACCUGGAUACUAAGCAAAAGGGGCAAGACUCGGGGCAAGGCUUGCGUCGAUCCAAGCGAGUGGCCACCUCCUGCACUCUGCAGCAGGAACUGGCAGACACUAAAGCCAAACUGGAGCAAUGUCAAAUGGAGUUAAACACUGCAAAUGCAGAGUUGUGCAAGUACCAGAAAUUACUGGAGCCGCCUCCCUCUGCCAAACCCAUUACUAUGGAUGUAGACAGGAAGCUGGAGGAUGGACAAAAGAAUGUCAGAUUGCUGCGUUCAGAACUACAAAAACUUGGGGAGUCUCUUCAGUCUGCAGAGAGGGCGUGCUGCCACAGUACAAGUGCAGGGAAACUUCGAGAAGCCCUCUGUACCUGUGAUGACAUUCUGACUAGACAGGACCAAACGCUGGCAGAACUACAGAACAACAUGAUGCUGGUGAAGCUCGACCUGCGGAAGAAAGCAGCUUGUAUUGCUGAGCAGUACCACACUGUGCAGAAGCUCCAGGCGGCUCCACCAUCUACCUUAAAGAAACGGUUCUGUGCCAACAGGGAAAACCUACAACCUAAUCAACCUCCUGGUAAAAAGCCCUUCCUGCACAACCUUCUGUCAUGUUCAGCCAGUCGUCCUGCUGCUGGCAGAGGGUGGCAACUACGUUCAGUUGCUCAGUGACUUUUCACAGAGAUCCCUGCUCCACUAUUACUGGGAACAGGUGUCGAAUCCAAUAUAAAGGCAUCUAUUUUUCUUUGUGUGCUUGUUUAUUGUUACGGUAGCUGCUUGAGAGCUUAUGUAAACAUUUUUGGAUAUGUAUGGUUAAACUUUUAAUUGAUACCAAAGUCAACAAAAUGACCUUUUGUGAUUUAAACAAUACAACGAGGAAACUCUUUAAAUAUAAAAUAAAGCAGAUGACAAAGUUGUUUAACAUCUUCAACUAUGUUGGCACAUAAUUAAAAAUAAGUUCGCAAGAUUCUCCUCAAAAGGUAUUUUCCCUUCCUUGAAUUAUAAUCCUUUAUUAAAGUAUACUCGUUCUAGGUCACGUCUGUUCUCCUGGAUCUUGGCUUGCAGUUCAGGCUCCAAGCGUGUUACAGACAUAGAACUAAGCAAAAGAAACAGUAAAAUGGUUACAUAUAACAAGCACUUGAAUGUAAAAUAAGAUGGACAAUGCAUCCAGUCAAACUUCCUGGAUUGUGAAAAGAGUUUUUAGAGUUCUUUUUUAGCUUCUUGUGAAGGAAUCGUGCUCACAGACAGGGGCAAAUGAAUCCUUGCUUAAAAGACCAGUAAGCCUACCCAGUCACGAAUAGUUGUUGCUACUACCAUGAGGGUAGGAAUUAAUCUGCUAGGUGACUGAAACAGCUGCAAUUUCUUAAAUACCCUUUCAGGUCUAAUUUUCCUGUGAUAUAUUUUAGCUGUGGCUAAACUAAAGACCUGUACCACACUUGCUAUGCCAGUUUGUAAAGUCAUCUCCAGGUAGCCUAGUGACACUCAUUUACUACAACUCUCUACUCCGUGUCAGGCAGGGAAACAGUGUCACAGCUGCUUUGUUGUACUCAAAUUAUUGCAUUGGAUGAGAAUUAGGUAUUGUUUUCUGGAAGUCAAAAGCUACUUUAGUUGCUCAAUAUUUAAUAUUUUAACGGAUUCAGCUCCAGCUUGCAUUGUUUAAGCUACACUUGGCAGCUUGUCAAGUUCAGACAACCACUAACACUAUGAGGAGGGUAGCUUUGUUGAAUUUAAGCCUGUGUUCAUACUACAUACUGAAAAUUUAGCUGACUCUGUACAUAAACCCAUCCAGGUUUCAUUAUAAUUUAAGCUACAAUGAUUGUUUCUAAGACUGCUUGCAGUACAGAGCUAUCUGUGUAUUGAUGACAAAUUCUUUCUGGAAAAAUAUUAAUAGUCAAGUGCUGUUCUGUAUAACCAGAGGUGUUUCCAGCUGAAAAUAAAAUGGGAUCUGACUGUAUCUAAUGAAGCCAUAACAUUACUGGACAUGAAUGUAUUGUUUGUACCAUGUUAGCCUUUUUAAUGAAUCAUUUCUGUGAUUCUUAACGCUGUAUUAUCAAACUUAAACUUUUCAGCUUGAAAUAGCAUGGUUCAACUACUCACCUAAACCUCUUGUUCACUAUUCUUCUGGAGCUGCAUCUCAAGCUGCUAGGAGUUUGUAAACUAUUGUAUAUUGCUGACAAGUAACAUGGUUAUUGCUUUUUUGAAUAUUCUCAUGUUUAUCACAUUUGUUAUAUGGGAAUGAUGACUGUAUGCUCCAGGAGGCAACGACCACUUGUUUCUGUCUUUUUGCAGCAGCUUGCAUCUGGGAGUGUAACAUUAAAGUAAGAAUCAUGUAACAGGAAUACAUACCUCUUUUGAGGAAACAGCGCACAACACAGGGGUGUUGCAAACACGAGACUAGAGGAGACAAAAAUGGGUUGACAAUAUUAGGGUGCUAAAAGAAAAUUCAAAGCCCUUAGGCAUAGUCUUCCCAGCAGAAAGCUUUUUAUUUUUGUAUACAGUGAGGUAAAGUUCCAUGAAGUGCUAUGUAACCUCUCUUUCUCACUGCAUUAUACCUUAUGAAAUCAUUUACCUACUAUGUAGUACUAAAUGCAUUAUUACCAUGCUUGCAAAUGUAUAUAAAAUUAUCAUUUGAUGUUA